AUGCCCAUAUGUAUCGAGUGCCGGUAUCCUGUAAGCAGUCUGUACACAACAUACAGUAAGGCCGAUGACCGUACUUUGGGAAAGGGCGUCCGCUUGACACAAUGCCCUCGAUGCAAGCGUUUUGCAGACAAAUAUGUCGAGCAUGAUUUUGUUGUUCUUUUUCUUGAUCUAGUCUUGAUCAAACCUCAGGUCUACAGGCAUCUUUUAUUCAACCGUCUGGGUCGAGAAGAUGGACGCUUCAACCCCUCCAUAAUACGCCUCGGUGUCUUACUCCUUCUCUUCGACGUAUACUUGACUUGGGCUCGCAUAGAAGAAGCCAUGCCCUCUUCUCCAGCCACCGACACCAUCUCCAUGCCAACACCACCAGACCCAUUCGCUCACCCUAUGAGUAAUGCUACGGCAAUCAGCGACUCGAGCACUCAAGGUCUAUUCCCCACUUCUUACCUCCUCAACGAACAGCCCAUCAUCCUCCAAUACGUCUUUUUCCUCUUGCUAUGCGCAUUAGAGACUAUCGCAUUCCAUCUACCGAUCCGUACGCUCUUGUCUUUGCGUCUACCUCGACCGCUGUCUUAUCUCAUUCCUCACUACCCUCAUCCUGCGGUCAUCAGCACGGCACUACUGGUGUCGAGUUUUACAAAGCUGUUUCCGCUGCUUUUGUUGAUAUGGAAGUAUGAUUUACCCAGUAGCGCGAGUGCUGUCUCGUGGGCGGUCAUCAUCAACAAUGUUGCUGCUUUGGAGAUCUUGCUCGAGUGUGGAGUCAUACGAGCUGCUGUGUUGGCUGCAGUCGGCGCUGUGUGUCGAGCAGGUGUUGGCUGGGGCAUCUUGAGGGCUGCUGGAGUAGGAUCUGGCGCGGCAGCUGCCGGGGUCGUCGAGACGGGCGAUGUACUCGAGCUGUGGAAACGACUCGCAAUGCACGUGGGCAUAGGACAAUAG